AAAUCAAUUCACAUAUCACCAAAACAAAACAAAAAUGAGAGAAUCUGACUUAAGGAUGAAGCUAGUGAUACUAGUAUCUUUCUUGCUCGUUCUCCCAAUGUUUUCUUCAGGGAUCGUUGAGACUUUGCAUCAUGACAACAUCAACCGCAAGGUUAAAGAGAUGGUCAUGAAUGGAAGAAGAAUCGAUCUGGAGAUGGACUACGCUGGGCCGCAUCUAAGACCUCCCAAGCCAUCCGACCCUACAAUUCCAGGAACACAAGUUGAUGAGGUUGUGACAAAGGAACCAACUGUCUAUAACAAAGAAGACUAUGGGGACUGGUCUCCAAGACCAAUCCCAAAACGACCAAUGCCAUAUGUACCUCCUCCUCCUCCUCCACCGACACGACGACCUCCUUUCACCACAAAUCACUAGACCGUUACUUUUACUAAACUCUUGUCAUUAGACUUUCGUCUUCAUCUAGUAAAUCUAAAUAAAUAAAAUGAAAUUUGGCCAAGAAAACAACAAAGCU